AUGUUAGGAAUUCUAACGCAUCCAAAUUCAAUUGAGCAAGAACUUGGCAAAAAUCCUGAAUUUUAUUCGAAAAUCGAAUUUUUAUGUAAAAAAUACGUAUCUCCACAAAUCCCUCCAAAAGAAAACUCUAACGAUGAUAUUCCAGAUUUAGAAUUGGAUCCACCAACUAGUGUAAAAUUAGAUGAUAAAUUAUAUGAUAUUAACUCAGAAAAUAUUUCCGAUCACGAUUAUUUAAAGAAAGGAAUUCGAGCUCACGAAGAUCAAAAUUACAAAAAAGCUUAG